AUGGCAGGAGGAAAGACGGUUCUGGUUGUUGGGGUUACCGGGAGCGGGAAGACUUGUUUGAUAAGGAGACUCAAAAGAAAAAUAUUCAAAGCCAAGAAAAAGCAUGACUUUCAUACGACAGAGACCAGUGGUUUUGUCCCAACGAAGAUAGGCGAAGACUCAUUUGGGGAAGUCGGGGGAAAGCUUCAGCCUUUGUGGCUGGACUACGCGCAGGAUGUCUCGGGCAUAAUCUACGUUAUUGAUGCCAGAGCGCAUGGACGUCUCACUCAAACUGCUGUUUACGCUCACCAAUUACGAGAACAGACACAAGUGCCAUUGAUACUGUACGUUCGACGAGCAAAAAAUAUGCAUGAUUGCAAACGAAUUUUAAAUCAAUGGCUCCUCGAUGAUUUCAGAUUUAUUUGCGCUUUGGACGGUUAUGACUGCGACCUCGAGGAGAUACACAGCUUCGUCAAGUCGCUGCCUUGA